AUGGGAUCCAACAAUCGCAAUAGCAGACGAAGUGCGUCUUCAACAACGGGACGUUCAAACUCUUCAUUGUCACGUCGACCUUCAGGUACAGGCGUGUCACGAUCCAUGAUGAUGACGAGUAUCGCUUCUCCCAGCAGUACAAGCACCAAUAACACCACGGGUGGUGGAAGUUUAACAUCAUCGACCGCAAGCUCAGGAAGCUCACGGAAAUACAAACAUUCGCCGUCCUCAGACGCUUUACAUGAUGAAGUAUUUGGCAUGAUUUGCGACGACGACUACGACAGUGAUGCCAGAGGAGACGCUGGUGGCACUGGCAGCAGUAAUAAUAACGCUGUAGAGAUCGAUACAUCCAGCAUGUCCUCUUGCUCGCUGGAUAACUUUAGCCACAAUGACGAUGAAAACAGUACGGACAAAGGAUUAAGCGGAUGUGGAGACGAAGAGAUUCUGAAGGGACGCUACAAUGCAUAUAUUGCAAAGGAGUUGGAACGAUUAUCUAAUAUUUAUCUAGCAUAUAUUAUGGAAUUUGACGCCGACGACAGUUAUGAUAAGCUCUCGCUGAUUAUGUGCUAG